AUGAAAGGCAAAGUGAAUGCGCUCGUGAACUUCACCUAUCAGUAUCUGAGUGCUCCCCUGCAAAUCACUGUCUGGGUUCCGCGCCUGCCUCUUCAGAUCGACAUUUCGGACACAGAACUGAGCCAGAUAAAAGGCUGGCGUGUCCCUGUUCUCUCCAACAAGAGACCCACUAGAGACAGUGACGAUGAGGAUGAAGACGAGCGGAAGGGAAGAGGAUGCACUCUGCAGUACCAGCACGCCAUGGUGCGAGUCCUCACGCAGUUUGUAGCUGAGGAUUCCAGCCCCUGGGGGCAGCUGAGCUACCUGCUGGGCUCAGACUGGCAGUUCGACAUCACAGACCUCGUGAUGGAUUUUAUGAAGCUGGAGGAUCCUCACGUUGCCAAGCUGCAGGAAGGCAGGAUUUUGAUCGGACGAGAAGUCGGAAUGACAACGAUGCAGGUUUUGUCUCCUCUGUCUGACUCCAUCCUGGCAGAGAAGACCGUGACUGUGCUCGAUGACAAAGUGACCAUAACAGACCUUGGAGUCCAGCUGGUGGCUGGGCUUUCGCUCUUCCUUCAGCCAAGCGCAGCAAGCAGUCGGGCCAUUGUGGCUACAACCGUCGCCCAAGAGCUGCUUCAUACUCCUAAGCAGGAAGCUGUUGUGAGCACCUGGAUUCAGUUCAGUGACAGCUCUGUUACUCCCCUGGACAUUUACGACCCCAAGGACUUCUCCCUUUCUGCAGCGUCGUUAGACGAAGCUGUUGUCUCUGUCCAGCAGAACGCUGCCUUAAAGUGGCCGGUUGUGGCAGCAGAAGGGGAAGGUCAGGGCACGUUAAUCAAGGUGGACAUGAUGAUUUCUGAAGCCUGCCAGAAGUCCAAGAGGAAAAGUGUCCUGGCUGUGGGGAGCGGCAGCAUCAGAGUCAAGUUUGGCCAGAAUGAUGCGGACUCCAAUGCAGGUGGAGAUUAUGAUGCCGAUGAGAUUGAAAACCAUGCUAGCGACCGGCGGCACAAAGGGUCGGAUCAGGAACGGUAUGGCCAGGAUGGACGAUACUAUGGUAGCUCUUCAGCAGAGCGAGAGGAAGGCGCCAUCCGGAAAGUCAGCACCACGGCAAGAUCCGUAAUCAAAAACAAGGUCAUUAAAAACAGUAGGCUGGAUGACUUCACCAACUUCCCUGCUCAAGUGGACCUCCCAAAAGGCAACACGGGCUUGGAGGAAAAUGACCUGGUGCAGACACCUCGGGGCCUUAGCGAUUUGGAGAUCGGAAUGUAUGCCCUGCUGGGGGUCUUCUGCCUGGCUAUUCUAGUCUUCCUCAUAAACUGUGCAACAUUUGCACUCAGGUACCGUCACAAGCAGGUGCUGGUGGAAGGACAGGCCACCAUGGCCCAUUCCCAUGACUGGGUCUGGCUGGGAAACGAGGCAGAACUGCUGGAGAACACAGCAGAUGCAUCGCCUCCGCAGGAUGAGCAUACGACUAUUAUCGACCGAGGCUCGGGUUGUGAGGAGAGCAACCAGCUCCUCAACGGCAGCACUCAGAAGAACGCCCAAAGCCAGGCUCACAGGUCUGCUGACUCAGGGGGCAAGCUCGGAAAGGAACCGAAAUCGGAACCUCUACAUUCGCCGACCUCUAAACGGAAGCGGGUAAAAUUCACGACGUUCACUACCAUCCCUCCCGACGAUGGUUGUCCCACUGUCAACUCGAUCCUGAGUAGCAAUGACGAUGACAUUAAGUGGGUGUGCCAGGAUAUGGACCUGGGGGACUCCAAAGAGAUACGAAACUACAUGGAGAAGUUCAAGGACAAAGUGUAG